CAUCUCGAGAGCGUUGCGAUUUGUUCCGCCUAUCCAUCGCGUGUGUAGCUGCGUUUGUGUGUGAAACCGUGGGUGCGCGCGUGUGUGUGUAUGUGUAUCUAGUUAUUAUAACAUCAAAUUGAAUUACAUAGAAUCGAAAGGGAAAAAAUAAACAUCGAAGGUUGAAUGCGUGGUGUAUCUACUACUCGACUAGCGGUGCGAAUAGGAGUAGCCAGCGGUGAAUUUCCUUUUAUCGGCGCGAUAGCAGUGCAGCAGAUUGUGGUACAUGACCUGUACUUGUGAGUGAGAGUUGGUGAAAGAGUACUACUGAAUGCACCGUUCAAUUUACGGUGGCAGUGUUUCUGAGUGAGUUAUAAAACAAAAAACAAGCAAACGCCACAAACGUCAAAACCGCUCCAAAGCGUCGCUAGCGGAGCAAUUGUCUGCUACUAAAUGCGACCGUACAAUGGUCGUAGUGUAGUGUGGUCUUUACGAGUCUGUUCAAUUUGAGUGUACGGAGCGUGUUUCAAGCCGCUAGCAAAAAUCAAGCAAUCGUAGCAGCCGGAAUCAAUUGGCGAAUAGAAACGAUCGCAGGAAUCUGUGGUUUUUCAACAUACCCGUGGGAAGCACCUGGAAGGACGAGAAUCGUACGGUCGAGAGUAACUUCGGCCAGGAGGGCAGUGGUCAGCCGUACCCAGUGACGACACCCGUGACGCCAUGAUGAAUCCGAACCAUUCCGGUGCGUCGCGGCGACCGUACUCGCGCGGUGCGGUCCCCCGCAACCGCUCCCGGAUGCCCUUCUCGCCCCAUCCGCACCAUUCCAACCGGAACCAUGGCGGCCACAACCAGUCCUGGUACAACAAGGACAUGGAGAACAGCUUUAACUAUGGUGACAAUAACAGUGCCAGUAGCCCCAAAGAAUCCUUCACAUACUCCUCCAAGUCCCCGCCGGUGCAGUUGCAUUCCCCUCCCAUCACGGGCCGGCCCCCCACGGCGGCGGCUGCCAUACUAAUGCCUUACGGUGCUGCAGACGACGGUAGUAUUAAUAAUAGAUCUCAACAAAUUCUUAGAGCUGGCCCCAGUCACAUUGACCGCCACCGGAUCAAUAUGGGCAAUGGGAUGCAGGACCGCAACCGGCAUACGAUGAGCGCGUCCUCGAUCGAUCGCCAUUCGAACCAUUUCGACGGACCGUCCAACUCGGCGCGCGGAUCGGAGCUGCACGGGGACUCGCGUUCCUCCGUCCUGUCGCUGGAUUCGAUGCGCAACAGUCGCGACAAUGGGAAUCGGGACCGGUUCAGCCCUCAGUAUCACCCAGGCAACGGCAACAACGGUGGCGGCGCCGGUGGAGGUAACGGCAACGGGCUUUCCGGUGGGUCAUCGCAGACGCCAUCGCCACCGUUCUGUCCCGUCGACGGUGGAGGCGUCGGAAACGGUGUGAUGAAGUCGGACAGCCCGUCCCGGAAGCGACGCCGUGUGUCGUCCCGGCUGCCGAGUCAGUCUCCGCCUGCCACCAUCUGGGAGCACCGUCGGUCACCACGGAAUGGUGGGGGAGGGGGUGGAGGAGGUGGCGGUAUGAUGAUGCUGAUGGGUGCGAAUGGAGGCAACGGCAAUGGUGGUGGUGGUGGCGGCAACAUGGGAGGCGGUAAUGGAGGCGGUUUGGGAAAUCAUCCCAUGAACGGACACCACAAUCUGUCCCAUCAGCAACAACACCAGCAACAACAGCAGCAGCAAAUGCAGCAACCACAGUCAUCGCAGGGUUCUCAGCAGCAGGUUCAGUUGCUCCAUCGGGACCAUCCGCAGCAUCAUCCACAUCAUCAACCCCAUCACCAUCACCACCAUGGUCAGCAGCAACAGCAGCAGCAGCAGCAGCAACAACAGCAGCAGCAGCAACAACAACACCAUCACGCAAAUGGCGGUGGAGGCCAUCUCCAUUCGAGUGCGGGUGGUAGUGGGAUUGCGGCCGCUGUCAUGUCUCAGCUGCAAUCGCACGCACACCAUCCCCAGGGAAGCCCUCCGAUACGGCGCCCGCGGUAUCAUCGUGAUCAGCAGCAGCAGCAACAACAGCAGCAGCAGCAGCCUCAACAGCAGCGUCCCUGGGAGUCGUUGACGCAGGUGUUCCAGCAACCAUCGGCCGCCCAGGCGCAGCACCAGCACGCCGCCUCGUCGCUGAUGGUGGACAUCAACCAGGUGCCGGUCAGUCUGCCGCUUGGCCAUCACCACGAGCAACUGUGGACGUACUCGGCGGGGCCGCACAUUUCCAUCUGCUCGGGCCAUCCGGCCGCACCGCAUCUACCGCCGUGUCAGGUGCAUGGGGUCUACUCGCAACCGUUUGCGCAAACGUGUAGCAUCGGAGGACAUUUUGGUGGCUUCGCGUCGACAGCUGGUCCUGCUCUGGCCGUGCCACAUCCGCAGCCACACCAGGCACACUACCAGCAUCCGCAUCUGUCGCAACAGCGUACCGAUGGACUAACGUUGGAUGGUUUGGAACAUGCUGGCGCAUCGCCGCUGCACAUUUCCCCCCUGACGACCCACGCGCACCAUCUGCACUCGUCGCCGAUGACGCAGCUGACCGCGGCUGCCCAACCGAUCUACAUCUCCACCGAGGUAAGUGCCGUGGGGGCCGAGGUGCCACGUACGGGAGCAGCCGCCGCCGGUACACUGAUCCCACUGCUCGCGAACGUCCUGCAGGGUCGCAACAGCCAGUUCGAGCUACUGCACCGGACGGCUCGUCGGGCGAUCACGGCCGCGCCCCGGCGCAACUUUGCCCGCUUCCACUGGCCGGCUCCGCCUCCACCGCCACCACCGCCACCGCCACCGGCCCACCACCACCAUCAUCAUCAUCCGGCUCAGCACCCGGCGCACCAUCGGGCUCCACCGGCCUUGACGCAUCCGCAGCCGCUCGGACCGCAGCCGGCCCACGUCAUGGCCACCACGCUGUCGGCCACCACAUCCGCCUACUCGGGCAUUCUGCUGAACUUCCUACCCGUCCGGUGCCCUUUCAGAGCGAUGUUCCCGCUGUCUACCUACGGCCAACCGGAGCUCAGCUCGCCGGACUCGAACGAAACGGAAAACUACGAAGCGCUGCUCAGCCUUGCCGAGCGGCUUGGCGAGGCUAAACCGCGCGGACUGGCCCGGCCGGAGAUCGACCAGCUGCCGAGCUACAAGUUCAAUGCAGAGACGCAUACCGGUGAUCAAACGUCGUGUGUGGUUUGCAUGUGCGACUUUGAGGCUCGUCAGAUCCUGCGCGUUUUGCCGUGCUCGCACGAAUUCCACGCUAAAUGCGUGGACAAAUGGCUGCGGUCCAAUCGCACGUGUCCUAUUUGUCGCGGUAACGCAUCCGAGUACUUUGAAAGCAGCGAGGAGCAGUAAGAAUAAUUUCGUUUGCGAAUGUGAGAAGUGCGCAAUUGUUGCGAAACGCAUGGAACUCUUCGUCCACCUCAGGAUUCUCGGUGGUGUGGUCCAGCAACUAUGCGGAACGUGCAGAAUGCGGGUGCGGCUUGGAGUGUGGAGUGGAACAUCGGCCACAGCGGGAUACACAGUCCUGUGAGAAAUGUUUAUUCUGUUGCUUAUGGCAAAACUUCUAUCAAAUCUAAAGCUUAUUAAAGGCUUUUCCUGGACGGGCUUGUGUCAUGGUUCACGUUUCCACAAUGUAUACGUUUCUUCUUUCCUUUGCACAACACGGAGCGCCCCAAUGUUAGAUAGUUACCUCAGGUGGCCAUAGAGCUGAUUUGACCCUACGGCUACGGGAUAUCACUCCGAUUAUAACCACCUUCAUUUGCCGCGACAUUAUCAAUAUUUUCGGUGCAAUCUAACUAAUGCAGAUCACUCAAGUGUUGUCUCGCUUUAUAGAGAGGUUAGAGAUUUAAUCAAAAUAACAGUUGAUUUAAGCAUGUUGGUAUUUAGAUAAUUCCGUAUCCUUCAUGUAACUUCCGACGAGGGUAGAAGCGUAUCGCUAUGCGUCAGUUUGGAGAAAAAUCACCUCUACCACAUCCACUAUAAAACCAAAAAAAAAAAACAGAAAUACAAUAUGUGUAACCCACGACUGCAACAAAUUAGAAACAAAAAAAAGAAACAAAAAGAAACGAUAGAAAUGAAAUGCUAGAAGCUAGUACUUUCGCAACCACCCAAGAGCAAUAACUUGAAAACAACAAACACAGCAACCAGCUCAGUCUACGUAUACAAAAAACGGUGUUUUCAUAGGACCUAGGCAUAUAUAAAAAAAAAUGAAAUAAACCAACCGGGCAGGAAUUCGAUAAGUUCAUCCCAAAAGUAUGCAUAGUAU